AUGUCUGACUACAUGGAGUUCAAACUGUUACCUGAUGAGCCGAUGUCUGAUAACAUUUUUGGCCCAACUAAUGCUGAUCUAGAAUACGGCGAACACGAAAUUUUUGGUUCACAAUUUUUACAGCCAGAAAUUGGAGACGAGAUAGACUUUGAACCAGAAGAACUACCGAAUGCAUUCGAUUUCCAGUUCGACACAAGCCUUGAUUUCUUGGUCUUUUACAAAGAUAUACAAAUAGAAAGGAUAAUUUAUAAAUCUCAACCAUCGCCAAUACAUUCUGCAAACCCUAUAAAGUCAUCAAACAAAAUAGAUUUUUCCUCAAAGGAAAUACUGUUCAAAUGGCUUGAAGAGCACAAGCAAAACCCAUAUCCAUCACUUCAGGAAUUUGUCGAACUCGAAUCCUUGACAGGACUCGAUAAGAAGAGAAUCCGUAUAUUCCUGACUAACUACAGAUCCCGUUUCCUCAAGAGAGCUCCCAAACACGGAACUGAGAACCAAAAGAUCGGAAACCGCACUUUAUUCAAAAUUUACAUGAAGCAAUGA